UGUAAUCAUGUUGUCAUGAUGAACUAUAACACAGAUAAAAUGUGAUAUCCUUUACUAUUUUCAUUUUUCAUAAUAUUCUUAAACUUACCCUGCAUAUGGAUCGUAGAAAUCAAAUUAAUGCUUUAGGAAAUUUAAAAAAAACAAAAAGUAGGCCAAAAAAGACCAGAAUUUAGAUCGACCACUUUUUAAACAUUCAUAAGCUGUUUAUUUCUCAAGACUCGCAAUGAAGUUUGUUAUCUUUCUGUGUAUGUUGAGAAGUUGUUUUGUACGGGGAUUUUUUUUCCCAAAAUAUGGAGAGCUGGACCAGAGUGACCCAUAUCUGUUUGUUGGUGAAUAUUUUAAUAUAACUUGUACUUUGUCAUCACAAUCUGUUGAAAAUGGAGACAACUCAUCUAAAUUGUUCUUUUCGUAUGGCAACGAUAUAGAAGUACAAGCUGCAGAAACGACUAUCAUAAACAAUGCUUCACUAAAACAUAGUACAUUGAUAACAACAGCAUUUUGCAGGGCGUAUUAUUGUAACCUUAGGAAUCCUGUUUUUAUCAAGACAGAUCCCUUGAAAAAUGUUGCCUUAUUGGAUUCCACCACAGUUGACACUGAAUAUCCACCUGAACCUGUUAAAAACUUCAGUUGUAUUAUUUAUGACUGGGAUGAGAAAAUGGAAUGUAGCUGGGACUUGGGUGUUAAUUAUCGUGACUUGCAAUUUAUCAACACAAGUUUGAAUCUUAAACUUAGUGGAUCCUGUCCAAAUAAGAAUUUACUGAAUUGUACAUGGAUUAAAGGAGGCCCCUAUUCAUUUGAUAGAUCUACUUUGUUCUUUAAAGUUAGCGUAAAGAACACUAAGCGAAAUGUAUCGAAGGAGACAGAUUGGAUAACUAUUAAACAAGCUGAAUAUGUGAAACCAAAUCCAGUUGAGAUGAUUAAGAUUGUCUCCAUUUCAAGUAAAUGUGUCACAUUAAAGUGGAAACAUCAGAAAUUGAAAAAGCAAAAGAAAUUCAUCAUCCGUAUUACUUCAAAAUGGACCGAUAAUAAGUUAAUAAAGACAAAAGAAUUAAACACAACAGUUUGUGAGCUGAAGCCAAACACAAAAUAUGAAAUAUCAAUAGUGGCCAGACCUGAAAAGGUAGAUUAUGGAUACCCUAGUGAUAUUGGAGACUCUAGUGAUAUUGGAUACCCUAGUUAUCCAGUGAUUAUUAUCGCCACAACACAGACAGACUUCCCUGUCAGACCCCCAGAAGUUUUUCCUGGAAGUUAUGUUGUUUCAGUUGAGGGCUGUAGGAAUAACAAUCGUAAUGUGACUUUGUAUUGGAAGGACUUGCCAGAAAAGUACCAGAAUGGUCUAAUGUUAGGAUACAAAGUAACGGUAUUAUCAGAGGAUGGAGAACUGUCUAAUUACCAUGUCAACAGCAGAACAUUUACAUCCUUGCCUCUACCUUGUAGACAUGGAGUACGCGUAUCAUUGUUCUCGAUGAAUGUAGUCGGUUACUCACUGGAACCAUCGAAUAUAACUAUACCGACAGCUAACACUCUUUUACCUCCAAGUAGGACUAUAGUGGAGGCCCAGAAUACUUCUACAGAUACAACUGUAAGUGUAAGUUGGACUCCAACAGAGGAUGGGCGAAUUGAAUACCACACUGUAUACUACUGUCAGUUUGAUACAGAAUGUACAACUGAUAUUGAAUGGAUUAGGGUACCAGUUAAUUCUACCUUACUCACAAUUGAAAAUUUACAGUUUGAUAAGAAGUACAGGUUUGGUGUAUCGUCUGACAUGGACCAAGUUAGUUCGGGAUUUAAAUGGGAAGACUGUUACUACUUAAAAAGUAUAGCUCCAUCUCCCCCAACUCAAGUUGAUGUUCUGGCAUAUCCUGAAAACGCAAUUACAGUUGAUUGGUCAGAUCCAAAGUGUGGUGUUUCCCCUUACAUUAAGUUUUUCAAAGUAACCUGGUGUACUGCAAGCAAAGGUACCAUCGACUGUUCAGGUUAUCAUCAAGAAAGGAAUAUUUCAUCAACUGAACCAUCUAAGCUGGUAAUUCCAAAUCUAAAGGCGGGAACUUCAUAUGGUGUCCAAAUUCAGCAUAUAACAGGCGAUGGAAGAAUAAGCGAUUACAGUGAUAUGGUGUAUAUACAACCUACAAAUAAUAAUUUGGCACCGUCAGAAAUUACAAGUAUCGCAGUAGGGGGAACUUUCUUAUUAAUGCUUGCAAUUGCUGGAGCUGUUUUUAUCUAUAAGCGAACAGCCCAUGGUAUCAGGGAAAUUAAACGACCACUGGAAAUUAUCACUCCAAAGAUAAAACUAUCAGUCGGAAAUACGGUUUUACCAUAUUCAUCGCAAUUAAGUAAAGACAGUGGUAGGAGUAGUUUGGCAUCAGACGGUUUGCAGUCUCCUGCAGUAGAUGACAAAUUAGAUCUAUUGCCUGUACCAGAAGAAACUACAGGAGUGAACAGCAAUCACAAAUCUAGCGACGAUCAUACAACUAUUUCCUGUAGCCCAGAUUAUUCUAAAAUGGCAUUAGAGAGUAAUACAUUUAGACAAGAAACCGUUCUAAAAAAAGUCACUGGUCCGCCAAUUUUGUGUGCGUCUCCUGUGAAUGAGAGAAGAAAAUCUGUGAAAACGUUUUAUUCCAAACAUAAACGAUGUGAAAAUGAAAAUGUAGACAGUUAUAUAAAGCAUGUUGACAUACAAGCCAAUGUUACAGAAAAUAUUAUGCUCGAAUCUGGGUCUGUAAGUGCUCCUAUUCCAUCUGUUGAUCAGCUAGAAGUUCAAAUGUCAAAAACAUGUGGACAGCCAAUUAAGGAUCAACCAUAUAUUAAAACAGAGACCCUCGAAGUUACUGAAAACAGUAGAGUCCCUGAAGUGGAGUUUCUUCUUUCAACAAGAACCAACUAUGGUAGAGAUUCUAAAAAGAAUUGUAAAGCAGAUGAUGUUUUAUUACCGUUGAUUGAGCCCAAUGAAGAGGACUCAAACAUAAGUAUGAUUAGCAAUGGCUAUCUUUCUAAAGAUGCCAUGAAUAAUAUAGGUAUUGCAUUGCCCAGACAACAACCCUCUAUUCAUAAUUCAGGUAGUUCAACAGUGGAAUACCAUCAUCUGGAUUCCAUGGAAAACCCAAAGUUACUAGAUGUUUUAACUCCACUGAUGAGAGCUGAUAGUGCAAAUCAGUACCAUAGUGAUUAUUUGAAAGAAAAUUUAAGAGAUCAGCAUGUAAUUAAACAUGACAUUGAACCAGGUCAAGAGGAUUCAAUAAGUAAUUGUUACCUUAAGGAGGAAGAUAUAAGGAAUGCAGGUGUUUUAAAUUCAAACAGGGAACGAGACCAAGAAGAAUUAAACAGUGUUGGUUACCUAAGAGAUAUAGAUGUGGAGAUUCUGAACAGGGAACCAGUUCAGGAAGAUCUUAAAGGAACAAAUUACUUAGCGGAAAAUAUGGAUGAUUGGGCAGGUAAAGGCGAAAUUUCUGGAGGAUACAUCACAGAAGGAAUCAUGCUAAAUGGUAACCUAAUUGAUGAUGAAAAUGUAUCAUCCUAUGUUUCAGGUUCAAAAUACACAAGAAAAGUUGAGAAUUCAAUUGGAUCUGGAUAUAUCACCGAAAAACAUUUGAUUAAUAUUGAAUUUAGUGCAAAUGAUCAAGGAAGUGCUAGUUUAUAUUCAGAAGAUGGCCGUUUUGGACAGAUAAAUUCAUCAGCAGACGAUUCAUUUAGUGUGGCAAAUGAAGAAAGAAAAUCAAACGAUGGAUAUAUACAACAUAAUGACAUUAAAACAUAACAGUAGGAAGACAUCUACCCGUGUACUUACGUCGGGUGUCAGUUGUUCAAAACUUAUGGCCACGGUUUUUUUUUUUAUCACUUACUGGGUAUUUCCUGUGAAAGCCUAUUUGAUAUUACAAUUUAAUAACUACAACAAUAUACAGAGUAUAUAUUUGGUUCUUAAGAUCUCAAUAAACUUUUUUAUCUGACACUUAUUUAUGCAUGAUAUUUUGAGAAUACAAUAAUUAAUUUACAUCUUACAAUUUGAAUCCAUCCAUAUGUGAUUACCGGUAUUAUUAGUUGUUUCUAUAGUUGAAUAUUUACAAAUCAAUGAUUUUUUUAUUGGAACUAAAUAUAUUGUAUGAAGAUUAAACUAAUGUAGAGUGAAUGAAAGUUGUUCCGUUUAGAAAGUCUUUAGUUGGAUGCAAAAGGGACUAAGAAUUAUGCUUACAAAGAAAGAAAUAUUGCAAAUGUGAAAACGUUAAAAGUAUUUUUGUUAGUUCCAGUUAAUAUGAUAUUUACUGAUGAUGCAUAGUGCCUUAUCUACAUAUGUUUACUAAUGAAAGUAAUUUCAUAUUCUAGUAUGACGACCUAUAUAUCGUCAACCUGUAUAAUCACAGUAUAUCUACAUUUAGCGCAGACGCAUUAAUACACAAAACUGACUGUUCUGCGUUACGCCCAUCUUAUGUGUACGACCAGGUAAACUCAAUUUUUUACAGUAAAAGUAAAACCCACGUUUUACGAAGGCCAAGCUUCAAAUACAAUACGGUUAUCUCUGUUAUAAUGCCAAAAAAAACAAAUUAGUCCAUUUCAGUUAUUAUUUCGAUGUAAAAUGUCAUAAAACGAAAAUUCCGCAAAAUGAUGGUAUGGUCUUUGGCAACAUUAACAAGAUGACGUCAUAUGUAUGCUCCCAACGUCUAAUGUAAGCACCGGGCGUUUGUACUAAUGUAAUAAAAUUAAAUAAAAAGAACAUUUUUAGUUGAAAAAUGUGAGUUAUUACAAUUCAUUAUUGAACAAUAUAAUAUCCUUCAUAUUAUUAUAUGGGGGUAAAACGGAACAGCCAAAACAGUGUCGUGUGUAUAGGGCUUUCGCGGUUGGUGAAAUUACAGUAUUAGUCCUAUUAGAAUCGAAAUAAUUUCUUGGCAGCCGUAGAUUUGUUUUCAUUUAAUCAAGGGUUGUGCAUUUAUAUCCGUAUUUACCCUUCGUUAUCGCUCAGUAUAAAAUAAUCAAAUGUAAAUGCCCAACCCAUGGUUAAAUGAAAACAAAUCUACGGCAGCCAUGAAUUAUUUCCUAAUCAUUUGUUUUUUGAUAUAUAGAAGUGUACAAGUGGAACGUUUCGUGUUAUUUUAUAUUGUGUAAAAAUAUACAUGGUGAAAUAUUGAAGAAGAUUGACUGUACACAAAAGUUUACAUAUAUUACUGGGUAACGUAAACUAGAUGUUUUCAGAGAUAGGAUGAACGGAUCAUAUAAACCCGAAGCCCAAACGAAAAAAUAUAUAUGUAUAUAUAGUAGAUGGUUUUAUUUCAUGGCUCUGAUAUAUGAUAUUAUUCAUAGUUUAAGGUGUUUUGCUUUAUUGUUCAAUCAUUUCUUUGAGCAACCCUUUUCACGGUAUUGAAUCAAUCUUGUAUGAAACAUGUCACAGCACAAAUGAAACAUGUCACAGAACAAAUGAAACAUUUUACAGCACAAAUGACACAUGUCACAGCACAAAGAUGUGUUAAUGAGUUGUCAUAUGCUGGUAAAUAGAAAAAGUACCGUAAUAAUUAUGUUUUUUUAAUGCAAAGGGUUGGUCAUAGUUUUAAUUUCAGAAAAAGGAUUAAAUUCUUUCUUUUUUUCACAAAAGAUUUUUAGUCAGUAGAUAUGCAAAUAGUCCUUGUAUUUUACCUCAAACUGUCCAUUGUUUACACUGUACUUUUUAUAACUUUGCAACAUAGUGCGUUUUUAAAAGUAUAAUAAUAUAUAUAUGUUCGCUGUAAUACUCUUGAUUUCGGAUUUUUAACUACUUUUUAGAAAGGCAUUAAUAUGUAUAUACUAUUUCCCUUUACGGUUAGUAGAUGUACGUGUCAUAUAUACUAUAUGUGGUUUGAAUGAAAGUCUCAAAUAUAUGUAAUCAUUUAUUGGUACAAAUCUGUUGCUUGUAAACGAUUCUGAAAUCGGCUUUUUUAACAAGCAUUUACACUGUCUGAUAUAUUGAAUGAAACAUGGUGCAAAACUUAAAUUUAUAAAAAGAGUAGUCAUAUUAUGGCAAAAAUAAAAAAAAUCCCUUGACAAUUUUUUUUUUUUUAAAUGGGAAAGGCUACUCAUAAUUGUGACAUAAAAAUUAUAAUUAUUUUUAAAAGUAAAUAAACUGAUUUUCUUUUUUCAAAAUGAUUGUUAAUCAGUAAAUAUGCAAAAAGUCUCUUUAAUGUACCUCAAAAUGUAAUUUUGUAACAUGUGUUUUUCACAAUAGAUAUAAUAUAUAUGUUUGCUGUAAUACUCUUCCUUUCAGUUUUGUAACUGUUUUUAGAAAGGAAUUUUUUCCACUUAUUGUUUGUAGAGUUCGAUAUCAUAUAUAGAGUAUGUGGUUAAAAAUAAGAUCUCAAAUAUACUAGUAUAUAAUGAUUAUGUCUGUCAGUUGUCAUUUAUUGGUACAGCUGUUGAUUAUAAAUGAUUCUUAAUCAGUUCUUUGAGCGAGCACAUUUUUGAAUCGCGAAUGAAACAUGUUGCAGACCAAAAUUUAACACCUUUUUUUAAUGAGGGCCACAUGAUGGCAAAACUAAAAAUUCGCGUAACAAUUUUUAUUUUUAUUGGAAGGGUUUUCCCUUAACUGUAUUUGAAACUAGAGUUAAGAAUAAAUCAUAAAUCUAAUUGCUACUGUUCACAUUGUUGAUAAUUGUUAAUUGAACAAGUUUCAUGACAUUUUUAUGGUAGACAGUUUAUUUUAUGUGGAUUGUAACAUGUAUUUUUAAGACUAUCUAGCCAUUGAAAUUAGGUUUCAGAUAUUUUUCUGUGCGCAUGUCUUGAGUUGUAAUCAGUUGCACAAUAUGUUAUUUGUGCGGAUACACUGUAACCAAGAAAACAGAUUUCAGUCAAAAUUGCACGAUAAAGAAUAUCACACGAUAGGUUCUGAGAGUCUGAGAUCUAAGGCAGCGAAAGCAAAUCUCACGUGAGUCAAGACACAGACAUGUCGUUUCGGUGAACCACUGCAUGGUGGUGCCUGUAAUCUUAAAUGUAUAGUAACAUUUAUCAAAGCAUUCUGGUAAAACUCAUCAAAGAUAGUAAACAAAUUUCCUCAUUUAUUAACAGAUGCAAUAUUAUCACUUGCUUGUUACGGUUUACGAUAAGCCUAAGCAAUAUAUUGCAUUGUAGUAUAAAUACUGUAUAUACUAAUUUGUCUUGUAACAAAAAUUUUAAAAAAAUUUAGAUAAAAAAAAAAAAUGUAAUAUGCUUUAUCAAAUUGUGAUUUCUUGAUUUUACCUUCCAAAUUAUAUUUAAAUGCAGUCAAUAUGACUUGCAUGAUACUUUCUUAUAAGAUAUCUGAACUAUUAACUACUAUGUGUUUUAUUUAAAAGACCAGGAUGAACUAUGCAAAGCAAAUGUAAAGACUUCGGCAAAUAUGGAAAAAAUGUUGUCAAGUUAAUGUCUUAGAAUUAUUUAAACAUGUUUGUAAUGGGGAUUGUAAUGGAGCACAUACACUCAGCCCAAUGCUUUGGUGGGUUCUCUAUGUAAAGUUUCAUGGACUGUUGUUAAUCAUUUCGUCUAUUAUUUGGUUUAUGGUUUUUGAAUGCCCAUUUUGUAUUUUCCCUUUUUUCCCCACUCAGGAAAAAUACAUUUAUCCAGAAUAGAGUAAAUAAGUUGUGAUUUCCAUUUUUUUUUUUACAACACUUUUAAUUCAUGGCAAUCAUUCAAGUAUGGUAUAGUUGCCUUAAAAUUUGGGAAAAUUAUCAAUUGUAUAUUAACCUUUACAUAGUCCUGCGUAUUAAGUUAUUGUUAAUCUACUGAUACCUUGUAUGUCUUCCAUGUCAUUCACUUGAAUACAAGAAGUGCCUUCAAAAUAUUUAAUCAAAAUAUUACAAAAUAAUCGAUUUAUAAAAAUCAGGGGGUUUCUAUCAAUGUUAAAAAGCAGGGCUAGAUGUAUCGUUGUUGUAAAACAAAAUAAUGCAUAUUGUGAACAACAUGAAAAUACUAACAUUUCAGGUUCAGUUGUUUACAUGAAUUUUCCUAUUUAUAGAUUUAGUUCAAACAAUUUGAAUCAAAUUUAUCUCUUGAAGUAUAAAUGCUACAUGAUAUCAUUUUUUUCCCAUAUACAGAUGUAGUUCAAAAAAUUCCAAAUGCAUGAAAAAAUCCAUAACCACUUUGCUCUCAUGUAUUUAAACCUGUAAUUACAUGAAUCACUCUAAACCUACUUUAUCCAUGUAUCAUCAUUUUGUUCAUAAAAGGCCAAACUUAUUUUAUUCUUUGAUGACCAAUAAUGUUAAUCAUUACAUUAAUUACUCUCAGUUUUGAAUUUUGUUAUAGUUAAUAUAUUUUCCAUUGUCUUAUUUUUGAGUAAAAUAUAAUUGUGUUUUGGAAGAUACCUCAGUUAGAGAUUACUGAAAUAUGUUUCUACAUUCAUUUAACGAAAUCGUUAGUAUUAAAUCAUUGUAUUAUUGAUUAUUAUUUCCUUAAAAUCUGUUAACUUAUCAUAAAAUCAAAUAACCUAAAAUUAUAUUUGGGUAUGGAUAUUUCAUAAUUAAAGAUGCUGUCUUGCAGGUGUUUUAGUUUCUAAUUUUAAAUUAAAUUGUUUAUUUUUUUCAACGGCACAAGAUGACCAGCAUAAUUCUGUGUACAACUAAGAUUAUGGUUAAUGCUUAUAAUUGAUUCAGAAUUUAGAGGCUAAUUAGGAUGUGAUGGCAUUUUAUGAAGCAGAAACUUUUGUUAUAACUUUGUUGUGACAAGAAGAAUUAUAAAAAUAAGACUUUUACUAUGUAUUGUAUUCACUGCAACGUUUAAAUAAAAUUGUGCA